CUCCCGAGCGGCUGCAUCCUCUCAUCGAUCUCUAGCCAUGUCGUCUGCGCCGCAACGCACGGCGUCGACGCACAGGUCCGCGGUCGUCCGGGGCACGCACGAGUUUCACAUCGUCGGCUACAGCGAGCGUAAGCCGUUCGCCCGUCUCACCAACAAGGCCGCAUCAUAUUACGACCCCCUCUAUGCCGACGGCCCCGGGAGGGACCCCUCGAUCAAGUCUCCCGCCUUUCAGGUCGGCGACUACACCUGGGACCUCGUCUGCACCUUCGGUUUUCAAGGUCGCCUCACAUCCAUCGCCCUCGAGCUGCUCACCAACACCAUUACCAAGGAUGUCAUCGCCACGGCCAGCCUUCAGAUCGACGACCCGCUUGGCCGGUGGCCGCCCGCAGUGUGGCGAAGCGACGCCGCCCACAGAUUCUGCAGGAGAAUAAUUGUCGGCAUGAGCUGGCAGCUGUCGCUACCGGAUGCGUUCUGUGGGCACGAGGAGCGCUACGUCACCGACGAUGACCGCCUCACCAUCAUCUGCACCGUCGACAUUCUCCAAGAGGAUGCCCAGACCGCCGCGGAGACCAGGAAGUGCUUGGUCUCCGUGGUGCCGGCGCCGACCAUCCCACGGGAUUUUCAGCAGCUUCUGCUACUUCUGAAGAAGUACCCCAAGUUAUCCGACGUCACCUUCCUCGUAGAGGAUACCGAGUUCCAUGCGCACAGGCUUGUGCUUGCUAUGCGGUCGCCGGUCUUUGCCACGGAGCUCUUUGGUGACGCGAAGGAGAGCACCACACACCGAAUAAGGAUAGACGACAUGGAUGCCUCCACAUUUAGGGCCAUGAUCCGGUUCAUCUACACUGACGAGCUUCCGAUGAAGCCAAACGACCAUGUGGAAUCAAGAAGCCCCCUCAAUAAUUUUAAAGAGGAAUACAUGUCCACGGCUCGCAAACUCCUUGUGGCAGCAGAUCGGUAUGAUCUCGAGAGGCUGAGGCUCAUGUGCGAGAACAUACUGUCGGAGUGCAUCAAUGUGGCCACUGUCAUGAAGACAUUACUGCUGGUGCGAGGCCGCCAAAGGUGCUAUCAGCUCGAGGAUUCCUGCAUCAAGUACAUAUCGUCUGAUCCUGAUGUGUACAACGCGGUGAGGGCGACCAAGGAGUAUGAGGAGCUCAAAGAAACAUGCAGCUCUUUUAUAAUUGAGGUCACUGAGAGAGUAGCCACACACAUCAUGGCCAACCACCCUUCUUCCUCCAGUAGCACUCGACCACCAGCACAAGAGAAGAGCACAUCCAGAUAUAUUUUGUCGGAUGUAGUCCGCGGCACGCAUGAGUUCAGAAUCCCCAUCUUUAGCUCUUUGCAAACGAGCUACCGUGUUAGUCAAGUAAUGACUUCCGACGUAUUCAAGGUAGGCAGUUACGACUGGAAGAUAAAUGUGUACCCGUCUGGAUAUGACGUUGAAGAGCACAUAUCCGUCUACCUCUGUCUAUGCACUGAUCCUGGAACUGCUACAGUCAAGUCAUCGAUCAGGUUCCGGAUCGAUGACCCUAACGGCAAAUCACCGUCGAUGGUGCUUGGUUCAGAAGACACUUUUACAAAGUUGCAUCAAACCUCGGGAUUUCAGAAGUUCAUUGCCGUGAAUUCUGCGAAGUCACGGUACGUAGGACACGAUGGCUCCCUCACCAUACAUUGUGACCUUGACGUCCACAAGGAGGCAUGCACUACUAGUACUAGCACCACCAUCGCUAAAUCCAUGAUAGUUGUACCGCCGUCCAACAUUGCGUGGCACCUCGAGCAACUGAUGGUGAGUGGGCAAUGGUCGAACGUGACGUUCCUGGUUGAGGAGAGCAAGAUUCACGCGCACUGGCUCAUCAUUGCCAUGCGGUCACCAGUUCUGUUCGAAACGGUAGCGAUGGAGACGUCCAAUUGGGUCAUACGGAUCGACGAUAUGAAGGCCGCUGUCCUGAGGGCAGUGCUCCACUUUGUCUAUACCGACGAGCUGCUUCCUGUGGAUGAUGUGGUAGCAGCCGGAGAAAUGCUCGCGACGGCAUGCCGGUUUCGCUUGGAGAGGAUGAGGGCCAUGUGCGAGAACUUGCUCGCCCGUCUCAUUACGAAAGACAAUGUCUUAAGCAUGCUGGAGCUGGCAUGGCGUCACCAAUGCGAGGACCUCAAGCUUUACUGCAUCGAGUUCACCUCGCUUGCAAUGAAGUGAUGAAAAUACUUCCCUAUUCUUUGGUGUUUUUAUGUUUAGAAAAUGUUUCGUCAUCGAAUCGCUACACCUC